AUGCUGGAUGGCGUCUUCGGUACGGGCAAGACGCCCGCCGAGCGCAUCAAGGAGUACAACCGCCAGAUCAAAAAGUCAGUCCGCGAGAUUGACCGCGAGCGGACCGCGCUCGAGCGGCAGGAGAAGAAGCUGCUGGCGGACAUCAAGAAGGCGGCCAAGGACGGGCAGAUGGACUCGGCCAAGAUCAUGGCCAAGGACCUGGUGAGGACGCGGGGCUACAUCAAGAAGAUGUUCAAGAUGAAGGCGCACAUGGAGGCGGUCAGCCUGCGGCUGCAGACGAUGUCGUCGUCGGCGCAGAUGGCGCAGUGCAUGAAGGGGGUGACAAAGGUGAUGGGCAAGAUGAACGCGAAGAUGUCGAGCGCAAACAUCCAGAAGAUCAUGAUGGAGUUUGAGAAGCAG